GGUGACCCCACGCUUUGAAUAGCUAUAGGGACUGCUCGGUACGGUUGCUGAAUACGUCACCCGGCUUGGACGGUCUGUCAUCUACGAGGAGCAGAGACAUAAACAGACACAUCAGCAAUGGCGCUCUAUCCCGCUGGUGUUGCGACCGCGGCACUUGGUGUUGUCGGUGCUUAUAUGCUCUUUCACGGCGAAGGAGAAGCGUUUAAUGUCGGCCAAUUUUUAGAGACAGUGUCACCGUACACAUGGGCCAAUAUCGGAAUAGCUAUGUGUAUAGGUCUUUCGGUAGUAGGAGCAGCAUGGGGCAUCUUCCUCACUGGUUCAUCCAUCCUCGGCGGUGGUGUCAAGGCACCUCGGAUACGAACAAAAAACUUGAUCUCGAUUAUUUUCUGUGAAGUCGUCGCCAUUUACGGUGUCAUUAUGGCCAUUGUCUUCUCCUCGAAGCUCAACUAUGUUGAUCCGUUGAACGUGUAUUCCGGCAGCAAUAUCUAUACUGGAUUCUCUUUGUUUUGGGGAGGAAUUACAGUCGGUGCCUGCAACUUGAUUUGCGGUAUCUCUGUUGGUAUUAAUGGAAGCGGUGCUGCUUUAGCCGAUGCCGCUGACCCUAGCUUGUUCGUUCCCUUUCCUAUCCCCCGCUGUACCUCUGUUCGCAGCAAACCAAGCUAAUUGAAUUGGCAGGUUCGUCAAAAUCCUCGUUAUCGAAAUCUUCAGCUCCGUUCUAGGUCUUUUCGGCUUGAUUAUUGGUCUUUUGGUCUCUGGGCGAGCCAAUGAAUUCAAAUGAACGGUUCAUAACAUAUCUAGAUGUCUUAGGAAGUGAUUGUUCCUAACGAGAUCGUCUUGCUCGGGUAUCACAUCUAACGAGCUUCUCAUAUUCUGUCCUCAUCGACGGAAACAGUUUCUUCUAUCUGUAUGUCAAAUGUCAAGGGGCGUAUGGUUUAUAUAGGUGCAUUAUGAUUUUGUCAUCGCAUGAAUUUGUUGGCUUCGCCUACACAGGCGAGUGUAUAGUAUUAUACCUUGGCAUAUGUAACCAUGAUUUCAACAGUUAUUAUUUUUCUUCAAAUAUCAUGCCGCUUUUUUUCUAGAGU